AAUGAAGUUUGGAGGGUUUAUGGUGUGGGAAUUUGGAAAGUCAUUAGAAAGGGAUGGGAGAGUUUUGUUAGUCAUGUUAGUUUUGAUGUUGGAGAGGGAGGUAGGAUUAUGUGUUUCAAUUAAUAUUGUUUUUUCUGUUUAUUCAUCAAAAAAAGAGGGAGGUAGGAUCUGUUUCUGGUUUGACAUGACUGAGCCCUCAAUAGUAUGCUUUCGGUUAUCUUUUGAUUGGCAUCCGAUCGGUAUGCUGCAGUUUUUCAUUUGCUUUGUCGUUCUAAUGGUUCAGUCCAGUGGGAUAUUUAUUUAACUAGAGCUGUACAUGACUGGGAGAUUGGCGAAGUUUCAGCCUUUUACAGUUUUUUAUACUCUUGAGGCUUGGUGGUUAUGAUGUGGACAGGAUGUUGGGCAAGUCUAAGGUGGCGAAAAGUUCUCUGUUUGUUCGUACCAUAAGCUGUUGUCUUCUCAGAAUUAGGCCUGCAACCCGAUGAACACAAGCUGGGUUUGGACCUGACCCACCUUGUAUAUUAAAAGGCGCCAACCCGACCCGGUUCAUUCGGGUCUGGUCAUAAUGCGGUCGGCUUGUUUACGUUACUCUUUCUCUUAACUGAUCCUGAAACAUCUUUUUACACCGAGAUAAUAUUUUUGAGGAACACAUGAACUCAAAUGGAGGGAGAGAUUAUUAUUAAAGACAGAAUCGAUAAAUUGAAGAGUACGGAUACUUCCAUCAUCGCUUUUAUUGAUGGGGACUUUUUGAGAAAAUUGUCCCUUUGGAGAUUGCCAUCGCUAAAGUAGAACUCAACCUGCAACCAAGGGUACAAAGGAUCUCAACAUACAUGCAAACCCAAUCGGAAGUCAAAGAAAGUGAAACAUAUGGGCAUGCCAAGACUUUGAUGGACGAUGCUGAUGCCACCAUAGACGUCGAUGCUGAUGCCGGAGAGGACAACGCCAGAUCUGAAACUUUACUGCGCUGUGUGCUCUGUAUAAGAGGCAGAAGUCGGGUUCAAAUGUUGUCCGGCAUUGGUUGGGUUGGAUGGUUGUCAAAACCGACAUUUACUCAACCCGACUUUAGCGGGUUCGACCCAAUCGAGUUGGGUGGAUUGAUCGGCUCAGUGGGUUUUAUGCACAGGCCUACUCAGAAUAGUCCUCCUUUUCCUUGGAAGUGUAUUUGGAGGUCUCACAUGCCUUCCAAAGUUGCUUUCUUCACUUGGACUGCUUCUCUUGGGAAAAUAUUGACAUUGGAUAAUUUAAGGAAGCGGGGUAUUAUUGUUAUGGAUUGGUGCUUCAUCUGUAAAAAGAAUGGGGAAACUGUGGAUCAUCUUCUCUUACAUUGUGAGGUGCCAAGGGCUUUAUGGGAUGGCAUUUUUGGUAGAACCGGCUUGGCUUGGGCAAUGCCUUUGAGAGUGGUUGAUCUUCUAGCUUGCCGGAAAGGGCUUCAUGGUUGCACUCAAGUGGAUGUGGCUUGGAAGAUGGUUUCUUUAUAUCUCUUGUGGUUUAUUUGGAUGGAAUGGAAUGAAUGGUGUUUUAAUGACAACGAGUGUACUUUGGAGCAACUUUGGAAUUUCUUUGUGCACUCUUUGCUGUUUUGGUUUUCUGCUUUAGUGACUAAUGCAUCUUCCGUUCAUGAUUUUCUGAUGUCGCUUUCCAUUUCCUGGAAUGUACUUAGGUGUUUUCUUUUGUAUACUUCCUGUGUACAUGGGCUUUGCCUAUACAUUUGUUUCUAAUAAAACUUCUUGUUACUUGUUAAAAAAAAAAAGUCUGAGUAUGAUGAGAGGAUUUAAACUAAGGCUUAACGGUUGAUAUGGCACUAGUGGAAAGUGAAAAUUUCCAUGCCUUAUGAAUGUUGUAGAUAUGGCCGUGUAUAGACCAAUAGCUGUGAGCAAACAAAUUUGUUACUCGCCCAGGUGGCUGGUUCAAGCAUUCUUUAGCAUAGUUACCAUUCUGGAUCUGUAUUUCUUGGUUGAAGAUUGCAUUUGUAUGACAGUUUUUUUAAGUAGUUUCUGAGGAUUAUCAAUGCUUUCUUUUGAUAGGCUUCGCCAUAGCCUUAUUAUCUCUUCAGGUUUAUUUUGAAAAUUUCAUCAUCUUAUGAUAAAGCUAAAGACAAUUUGCAGCUGAAUUGAAAGUUUUUAAUGAAAUGGAAAUUCCAUGUGCAUAGUAAAUGUAUUUUGUAACCAGCUGUUUAAUGUUGAUUUGACCCAAUUUAAAUAGAAGCUUUUAUCUUAUGCUCUAAUGAAAUGUCUUGUGCCUUUUAGAUGAAUGCUACACUGUUUUCAUUAUUCUAUGUUAAAGAUUUAAGUUAAUUUUAAUACUUUUAUUGUGAAGUUCUUUCUGAGUUUUUUAUUUAAUUUAUGAUCUUUUUCCUUUUGUCAAUAUCUGUUAUUUAUUCCAAGCAUUUCAUGACUCCUUUAUUUUCACCGCCAUCAAAACUGUUCUAU